GUAUUUUUUCCCGUUUGAGUCAUUUAUUCUCUUCUUUUUUUUUCUUUCUUUUCAUAAUGGUUCCUGUCCCUAUCUUUGUGUUAAUGGGUACCGCUGGUUGCGGAAAAACCAGUGUUGCAUUGCAAUUGAAAGCCAAGUUGAAUUGUCGUUACCUUGAAGGCGACUCUUUACAUCCUGCCCACAACGUACAAAAGAUGUCUGAAGGCCACCCUUUAAAUGAUGAUGAUCGUUGGCCUUGGCUCCGAGAAAUUCGUGAUCAUUUAGCUAUUCAAAUCAAAGAAGUUAAAGAUUUGCCGGAGGAUGAUCAUCGUCGUGUGGUUGUGGUUACUUGCUCUUCUUUAAGAAAGGCUUACCGUGACAUUUUACGUGAAUUGCCCGAGAAUUCUGCUUCUGUUAUCUUUGUCUAUCUCAAGGGAUCCAAAGAACUCUUGUUGAGUCGUAUCUCUAACCGUAAAGGACACUUUAUGCCCGCCAUCAUGCUUCAAUCACAAUUGGAUACCCUUGAAGAACCUGACCCAGAAACAGAAAAUGUGAUUGUGCAGAGCAUUGAGCCUCCACCAGAAGAAGAAGCUCAACACAUCAUUCAAGAAGCUGUUGAAAAGGGCUUUUUGCAUGCUUCUGCUAAAUCAUUGUAAUCUUACGUCAUAAUAAAAGUAUAUUUAUUAUAU